AUGGAUGAGAAAGCGCCCUACGUCUACAACACACCCGCCGUCAACUCGCCCAUUAUGGCCGCCUCACGCGCGUCCGUCCGCGCCGUAGUCGCCCUCUUCAUUCUCUUCACCGUCACCUUCUACUCAUGGCGUUCCUGGACCUUGUCCUCACCCCUCUCCCUCCAACUUCAGCCUUCUCCCCCCACACCGGCAUCCAGCCCAGUAGACCAGAAGGCCCUGGUGCCUCUGGAGGCGCACAUCAUUAGCAAAUGCCCAGAUACAAGAGAUGCCCUUCGGGAGUUGAUCCUCCCAGCCAUGAUGCGAGUACAUGACAAGGUCGACUUCAGACUCUCUUAUAUCGGAACUCCUACCGCCAAUGACGGCGUCCAGUGCAAGCACGGCCCUUCCGAAUGCAUGGGCAACAUCAUCGAGCUCUGCGCCAGCGAACUCUACCCCGAUCCCAAGAUCAGCCUCGGCUUCGUCAUGUGCCUUACCAAGGAUUAUAAGCAUAUCCCUGAUAGGUCUCUGAUCGAGGACUGCGCUCUCGAACACGCCAUCGAUUUCCAACAACUCAACGAGUGCGCUACCCGCGACGACGGAGCUCACGGUAUGCAGUUGCUGCGCUCGAGCAUCGAAAGAACAGCUGAGGUAAUUCUUGGAACUUGCUCUCUCUUUGCCCCCAACUUUUUUCUAUCUUUAUAUCUAUCUUUCCUCGUUAUCCUUAUUAUCCUUUAUUCCGGAAUUCUAACAUAG